AAAAUUUCGCGUGGAUAAUUUUACAGCCUGUGUUUGUGAAGUAAAAUUUUAAGUGCAACUAAAAUUAUAUAAAUACGUGUAAUUUAAUUUAAUUUAUUUUAAUUGGAAAAAAAAAUAAAAAAUUUAUAAUAUGAAUAAUUAUCAAAACCAAACACCGCCACCAUUACCACCUGUUCCGCGGCACCAUCAUUCAUCACACCUGCCAGUGCCACAUCAUACAACGGCAGUUCCAGCAAUGGCAGCGGUACAUCAUCAUCAUCCGCAUCAAUUGUCAUCACAUCAUCAUACGCAUUCACAUCAUACGCCACCGCUGCCAACGACUGCAACAAAUCAACCACAACCGCCGCCACCACAACCGCUAAUAUCGAAUUCGUUGGCUAUACGUCAGGAGAUACAACGCUUUGAAAGCGUGCAUCCAUCGAUAUAUGCAAUUUACGAUUUAAUCGAUUUAUUGCCCAUGCCGGAUGCACAGAUCGCACAGCAAAUACGUGAUCAUGUCGUUUGCAUUGAAGAUUCCUUCGUCAACAGUCAAGAAUGGACUAUAUCACGUUCAGUGCCAGAUUUACGCUUAGGAAUUGUUGGCUCUCUUAGUUCGGGGAAAUCAGCUUUGGUGCAUCGUUAUUUAACAGGUUCCUAUAUGCAAGAAGAAUCACCAGAAGGUGGACGAUUCAAAAAAGAAGUUUUCAUAGAUGGUCACAGUUAUUUACUACUUAUACGAGAUGAAGGUGGACCACCUGAAAUGCAGUUUGCUGCUUGGAUUGACGCUGUAAUCUUCGUUUUCAGUUUAGAAAACGAAGCCAGUUUUAAUACAGUCUACAAUUAUUAUACGAAAAUGGCACAUUUCCGUAAUGGCCAGGAUAUACCCAUGAUAUUGGUUGGUACUCAAGAUUCAAUUAGCGAACGCAAUCCUCGUGUAAUUGAUGAUUCACGUGCGCGGAAAUUGGCGAACGAUCUAAAACGCUGCUCAUAUUAUGAAACGUGCGCCACCUACGGCUUGAACGUAGAACGCGUUUUUCAAGAUGCUUGUCAAAAAAUACUGCAACAACGCUUACCACUACCGUCAUCAGUUUCGCGACCAACUACACCACAGGGUACACGCUUAGGUAUAGCCUCUUUUCAUCACAAUACAAAUCAUGGUGGCGCUAAUAACUCUAAUGGAUUUACAUCGUCAACAUCAUCGGUUCAAGGUGCAGUCUCUACGGGUAAUUUGACAUUACCACAUCGUCAUCAUGUGCUCUCGACUUCUUCGCAUCAUAUACCAAUGCGCAUGAGUGCCGAUUUCGCGCACACUGAACAACAGCAUAGUUUGCCACCAAAUCAAAAAGUUUGGCAUGGUCAUUCACAACAAUUGCAGCGAGAACAUGCAAUUAUGAAUGAAAAUAAUAAUAUAACCAAAUUUAAUCCGGCUCAACAUGCCACCCAGUCACACCAACAAACCCAGCAACAACCAAAUUCAAUGCAACAAUCAACUACAGAAAAUUUGGCUCCCCUCUCACUUGUGCCACUACGUGAAUCGAAGGAUAAUAGCAGCGGUGGCGGCAGUAAAGAACUACCGACACCGACCUCAACACCCACUACGUCUCGAAAGAGUCGUCGACGUUCAAAUCUCUUUAUACCAUCAUCGAAAAAAGGUGAGAAGGAUAUGAAGAAUGGUGAAUUGGGUAGCGGCCGUUCAAUACCAAUCAAACAAGGUUAUCUCUACAAGCGUUCGAGCAAAUCAUUGAACAAGGAGUGGAAGAAAAAAUAUGUCACACUUUGCGAUGAUGGACGCCUGACGUAUCACCCUUCAUUGCAUGACUAUAUGGAUGAUGUGCAUGGCAAGGAAAUACCAUUACAGUAUGUCACCGUGAAGGUUCCAGGCCAAAAGCCACGCGGUUCUAAAUCAAUUAUUACUAACAGCGCGCUCACUACUUCAAUGCUAUCGAACGGUAAAGGACAACAUCAACAGCAACAAAAUGGACUAAGUGAAGGUAUUGGUUGCCUCUCACUUGUCAAGGAUAACAAAAAAUUAACCGAAAAAGUUUUGCUCACCGCAUUUGAUACAUUACGUGAACCGGUCAAGUCAAACUCAUCACAACAGACAAGUGGUGAUGAAGGCAUUGCUAUGUCCAAUUCAAAUUCGCAAACUUUUAUUGGUAGUGACUCACAGCAGCAGCAGCAACGGGAACUGCUCUCAGUUAAUGCUGCCAACAAACUAGAAUCUCAGACACCAAAUGUUAAGAAACGGCAUAGACGCAUGAAGAGUAGUAGCGUAAAAUCGAAUGAAAUCGAUGAUUCCGAUGGUUAUGAGUUCUUUAUUGUUUCAUUGGACUCAAAGCAAUGGCAUUUUGAAGCAGCCAAUUCGGAAGAACGUGAUGAAUGGGUAGCAGCAAUUGAGCAAGAAAUUUUCAAAAGUCUACAAAGCAUUGAAAGCACAAAAAUGAAACCGGCGACAACAAGUGAAUUGGCAGCGAUGGUGGCAAUAAGGACACGAGUAGCAGGCAAUGGUAAUUGUGUGGACUGUAACGCUCCAGGUCCCGAGUGGGCAAGUUUAAAUUUAGGUGUGCUAAUGUGCAUUGAAUGCUCUGGUAUACAUCGUAAUUUAGGCUCACAUAUAUCGAAAGUUCGUUCGCUGGGUUUAGAUGAUUGGCCUCCUGGCCAUCUAAAUGUUAUGUUAGCUAUUGGCAAUAGUUUGGCAAAUUCUGUUUGGGAAGCGAAUACACGUCAACGUACAAAACCAAAACCUAAUUCUGCUCGUGAAGAAAAAGAGGCGUGGAUACGCAGCAAAUAUGAGGCUAAAGAGUUUUUGGCUAUGUGCAAUUCUAAUACAAAUGCAACGCCGGGACAGCAAUUAAUUGAAGCAGUUAUCAGAUCCGAUAUGAAGUCAAUUGUUUUGAUACUGGCCACAGCUGGUAACAGGGAAGUGACCAAUGCCAAUGUGAGCUCACGUGAUGUGCGCACACCACUUUUGCUGGCUUGUGCAAUUGGAAAUUUGGCUAUAGCACAGCUUUUAAUUUGGAAUGGUGCCAAUAUAAAACAUACCGAUCAAGAAGGUCGCACUUGUUUGGCUUAUGCACGUGCAGCACAAUCUUUGGCUACAGCCAAAUCAUUAAAAGCUGCCGCCGCUGCUACCGCUGCAGCACAACCACAUAACACAAAUACCAAUUCAAGUAGUGCUAGUAACGCAAGCUCAACAUCAUCUUCAUCGGCUACAGCUACAGCAUCCGUUUCAGCCACUGGCUCAUUGUCAGCUACGAACACAACAAGCUCCAACUCCAACGCCACGGCAAAUAGCAUCAGUAGCAAUGGCAUACCAGCACCACAAUACAGCGUUGAGGAGACCACAGCAUUGGUUGAAUUACUGACGGGUUUAGGCUGCCCAGAAUCGGCACCGCUAACAGCGAGUGGCACAUUGCCGAGACGACGAGAUACUCUCGGCACGCCAUAUGAAAAGACGGUGUCAGGCGUUAUUUAAAGAUAAAGAGUUUUAUAAAAAAAAAAAAUUUAGUUAAAAUGAAAAAUAUACAAAUAUAAU